UGACUUGUUUGUUUGGUUUUGGUACCCCUAUUUUCCCCCCCAACGGGUCCCACAAACCGGCAUUUUUUUACUUGUUCUGAUGAGCAAAUUAGUCUAUUACCAAUUCACCUCAAAGCCUUUCUUUCCCUGAGAUAGAUAAGGAUACUAUUAAGAUCAAAUCUUGCACUAUUAAGCUCAUCGAAUAUACUACUAUCAAAGAUGAUGCUUAAGAUGUUUAUUUCCUGGAAUUGGACAAGUCGUCAAGGUAUUCAUCAACGGCUUUCUAUUUUGGUUGCAGCAGCUUUGCUACUUUUAGUUGUAGGAGUACUCUGCAGCAGAUUUGAGUACAGUAUGACGAAUAUUCCAGAUCAAACUAGUACUAUUGUAAUUGAUGAUACGUCAAUACAGAGAAUCCAUCCGUCAAAAGGGCCUGGUGACCCUCCGAUCCUCGCUUAUUGGAUUUUUGGUUUUAGAGGGGAAAGUAAACGAAUGUUGAGACUGUUAAAAGCAGUGUAUCACCCAAGAAACCAGUACCUUUUACACCUUCUCGAUGGGGAAGACGAAGAGAGGAUGGAAUUAGCCCUUUCUGUUGAAUCUGAACGUGUGUGUCGGGCUUUUGGAAAUGUGAACGUCGUCGGUAAAAGUUAUGCAGUGAACUAUCACAAUAUGGAAUCGGGCGCCUCUGCUCUCGCUGCCAUGCUUCACGCCGCCGCCUUGCUCCUUCGAAUUAGUCCAUUAUGGGAUUGGUUUUUCACCUUAAGCUCUUCCGACUACCCACUUUUUACUCAAGACGAUAUCUUGUUUGCUUUUACUUCCUUGCCAAGGGAUAUCAAUUUCGUUGGCUUCACCAAUUGGACUACUGACCAGAAGGGGCAGCAUAAUUUCAAUCGGAUUGUUGUUGACCCCAGCCUAUACUCAAAACGGGCUACUAACCUUCACUAUGCUGUAGAGACUAGAGAACUACCAACAACUUUUGAUAUAUUUGGAGGUUCCCCUUGGAUGGCAUUGAGCAGAGCCCUUAUGGAACACUGCAUCAAAGGUUGGGACAACUUUCCCCGGAAAUUACUAAUGUACUACGCCAAUGUUGUCUCUCCUCUCGAAUCCUACUUUCAGACUGUGCUAUGCAAUUCCCCAGAAUUUAGAAAUACCAUAGUAAACCAGGAUCUCAGGUGCUCCGUUCCUAUAAAUGUCUCAAACUACGACAAUCUUGUGCACAAAGUGGGGGCAAUAUUUGCUAGGCCAUUUAAAGAAGGUGAUCCUACUUUAGACGAGCUCGACAGGUAUAUCUUAAAUCGCUCGCAGCAGGGGGUGGUGCCCGGGAAAUGGUGCAACAAUAUAGGAAACUAUUCUUCUUGUUCUAAUUCUACUAAUUGGGAUGACAUUGAUUCAUUGGACCCUGGAUUUUAUGGCCAAAAGCUUCAAAAUAUUCUGUCCAAUUUUACUGCUGGAAACCGUCAUAUGGUAGUCAAUCAUUGUCACGGCAGUUCACAUUAAUGUACUCCAUAUUCUUCAUUCCUCUAUUUUUUUUUAUUUUUUUUAAUGAUGAAUAAUUUUCAAAUCUUUGAAAUCCUAGUACUGUAUGUUUCGACUAUUAAACCUUAGAUUAUUUUACCGUAAGCCCUGUAAAUUUUGUAAAUACCAAACAUUUCUUGUUGCUUUC